ACCAUCUUCUCCCGUUUGACCUUGUCCCUCCACACAGCCAACCAAACCCCAAUCAUUAAAUCUUCUUCUUCAAACAGCUUCUUCUCUGCCACAUUAAAUUAAGAUUCUUGAUUCCCAUAAACAUAUCAGAUUUCACAAUUUCAUAAAUAUUUGAUUUCAAGACUCAAACUUUCUUGUAUAUUUAUCUUCAAUCUGGUUCUUCUCUGGCACUUCCAUCAAUAUUCUUUCAUACCCAUGAGCAUAUCAGACUCACAAUAUCACAAUAUUUGAUUUCAAGACUGAAACUUUCUUGUAUAAAACUAUAAAUAUCUUCAUCUUGUUGAAACAUGGAUGCCUUACUCAUCUUUGUAGGAACUAUAGUGUGAGAAAAAGUUCAGUCCAAUUUGGACCCAAUUGGCCAGAAGUCCAAGACCUAGAGUUUUCUUCCCAAGAUUUGAAGAGAGAAAAAGAUAACAGAGAAUAUGGAACCACCACCACCACCACCACCAUCAUCAUCAUCAGGGGUAAAGGCUAGAGUUCUAGAUAUUCCACUUCAUGGAAUUGGUUUUGAGUUUGUAGAAAUCACACCCCACAAACUCACUGGUCGUCUACCUGUGACAGAAAAGUGUUGCCAGCCAUUUAAGGUGCUGCACGGUGGAGUUUCAGCUUUAAUAGCUGAGUCUUUGGCAAGUAUGGGAGCUCACGUGGCUUCCGGUUUUGCUCGAGUGGCUGGAGUUCAUCUCAGUAUCCAUCAUCUUAAGAGUGCUCAUCUUGGUGACCUUGUUUUUGCUGAGGCUGUACCAAUCAAUAUUGGAAAAACCAUUCAUGUUUGGGAAGUUUGUCUUUGGAAGAUUGAUCCAUCUAAUGAGGAAAACAAGACUUUGUUAGCAUCAUCAAGAGUUACUCUUAAGGUCAACAUGGCUGUACCUGAAAAUGCCAAAGAUGCUGCUGAAAAUCUCAAGAGAUAUGCUAAGUUAUGAUCAAGUUUAAUUGAGUUUGUUUUGCAGCAUAUAGUAAGCAAUACUGUAGAGAGUAACAAACAAUAAAGCAGAGUCAAGAGUGUAUUAUGCAAAACAUGUUGUAAACCCCUUGCUAUUGUCUGGUCGUUAUGAAUACCCAAAAAGAGUGAAAACUACAUUAUCUGAUGAUUUCUUUGAUUUGUGGCUCA